AUGUCUCCGGGUGAACUUUAUCAAACACACUCUUCUCCUUGUUGUACUUCAAAAUCACAAUCCUCCCGGAAUCGGAACCAACGACGAUUUAAUCCUUCUGGGAUCCAUGGAAGAAAAUGGGAGGGGUGGGUGUUGAUUUGUUAUUUCAUCGAGCUGGAAAUCGACUCGUUCGCCGGGAGCGGGGCGGAAACCUCGUCGGCGGCGAGGGACGACGAAGACGAGCUGAUUCUGGAAGCAAUCGCCAGGCUUCCGUCGGAGAAGCGGGACAGGUACGCGGUGCUGAGGAGGACGCCUUCGGAAGCGCAAUUGGGGAACGGUCAGCUGACCGAGACCAUCGAUUUGCAUAAAUUGAUAAAGACGGACAGAGAGCUGCUGGUGAAGAAGGCUCUGGCGACCAAUUCGCAGGACAAUUUCAAGCUGCUUUCGGCGAUCAAGAGCCGGCUGGAUCGGGUCGGGAUCGAGGUGACGACGGUGGAGGUGAAAAGGUGGAGCGGCCGAUGGAUGCGGAGGGAAAGGUUUGAAUGGGUUUGUGGACCACCUCACGGAUUGGAUCCGGUCCGGGAAGAUGAUUGA